UGGAAUGAACGUGUACAUAUACCACUCUCACACCAAUCGAGGCUACGUUCUUCUCUGCACAUACUGUUGCAGAUUCCCUCUCCUCUCUCUCUCUCUCUAACUGCCUGUUACCAUUUCUUCAGUUUUGCAUCAUUGCAUUUGCUUCUCUCUCUUUGUGGCUCUGCCUGCGCUUUCUGUGUGCAAAAAUCUUCACUUUUUUGGAGCCUGAUGAUAAGUGAUACGAUUCAGAUACUGAAACAUGGAAAAUUUUUCAUGAACUGGGUUCUUAUUUCUUCACUUAAAUAUGGGUUCUACAAGCUCCAAAGCACAGAAAGAUGAUGCUUUACGCCUAUGCAAAGAACGCAGGAGAUUGAUAAAGCAAGCAAUUGAUUCAAGGUACAAUCUUGCAGCAGCUCAUGUUUCAUAUAUUAGUUCUUUAAAAAAUAUUGGCAUAGCUCUCAGGCGAUAUGCUGAGGCAGAAAUUUUGAUAGAGUCAUCUUUAUCAACAACUUCAGCUACUGAGCUUGACAAAACCCCAUCACAUUCAUCAUACCCAUCUCCCUCUCCCUCUCACAUUGCAGAGGUUUCAGAUUCUCCUUUGCAUAAUGGAAGCCCCAUUUCACCAGCCAUGGUAAAUUUGAGUUAUAUGAGAACUGGGGGUGUUGUUAAUCCAGUUACUGUCACGGUUAAUUUAAAUAAUAGUGCUAGUGGUUUUGUUGAAGAUGACUCAUCAGGGUUUUCUAUGCCAAUGCCACCACCGCCUCCUCCAUUUGAGUUUGGUAGUUCUUGGGACUACUUUGAUCCUAGUGAUAAUUGUGAAAGUUUUAGGUAUAUGAGAAGGAAUGAGUUGGAUGUGGAUUUUGGUGAUUUGAGAGCGUGGAAUGAGUUUAGAGGUGAAAGGUUUGGCAAUUAUCACAAUUUGGUAGAUGCAAAAGGUAAUUGGUCAAAAGUUGGUUCUGAAGGAAAUGGUCAAGUACAUGAAGGAAUUUUAGAGCAUGGAUUGGAACAAAAGGAUUUAGAGAUCCCCCGUAAUUGUGCAGAACAAAAUGUUGGUUAUGGUUUAGGAUUAGACGGUAAUGGUCAUUCAGUUAAAUUAUUGGGAGCUGAAGGUUUUACAAGGCAACCGAUGGGUAUCCAAGUGAGGCAGAAAGAGAUGGUGCAAAAUGCUUAUGGUUUGGCUUUUGAUCAGUCAAGUUUGGAGAAAGAGAAAGCAGCCGCCAUGAAAGAUAUAUCUGCUGAAAGAGAAGAUCCAUCAGAGUUCAUUACACAUAGAGCUAAGGAUUUUCUUUCAAGCAUAAAGGAUAUAGAAUAUCGGUUCUUGAGAGCAUCUGAAUCUGGCAAGGAGGUUUCCAGGAUGCUUGAGGCAAACAAUAUAAGGGUUGGGUUUUCUGAGAUACAAGGGAGUUCAUCAGCCUCAGCAUUUCUAGCAUCUUUGCAAGUUUGCUGCCGCGGAAAGACUACACUUGUUACUCAUGAUCAUGUUACAAAGGUUAUUACUUGGAAGCGGACAGCAUCUUCAAGGUCAUCUUCAUCAAGAAAUCCGCUUGCCACAGCAACAAGAGAUGAUGUCUCUGACAGCGGUAGUGAUUUUCUUGAAGAAUUCUGCAUGAUUUCUGGAAGUCACUCCUCUACACUAGAUAGGCUGUAUGCAUGGGAAAGAAAACUGUAUGAUGAAGUAAAGGCCAGUGACGGUAUCAGGAAGGAGUAUGACCGAAAAUGUGAUCAGCUUAGGCACCAAUUUGCCAAAGAUCAUAGUGCUGAAGUGAUUGACAAGACCCGGGCAGUAGUGAAGGAUCUACAUUCAAGAAUAAUAGUGGCAAUUCAUUCCGUUGAUACUAUCUCAAAGCGAAUUGAGAAAAUGAGAGAUGAAGAGUUGCAGCCACAACUUCUAGAGCUAAUCCAAGGGCUGAUCAGGAUGUGGAAAGCCAUGCUUGAAUGCCAUCAUGCACAGUACAUUACAAUCUCAUUGGCAUAUCAUUCAAGAAACACAACUGGAACUCCACAGGGAGAUACUCGAAGGCAGAUUAUGGCUGUGCUUUUAGAAGAGAUAGAAUGCUUUGGCUUGAGCUUUGCAAACUGGGUUAGCAGUCAUGCGUCCUAUGUGGAAGCCCUAAAUGGGUGGCUGCAAAACUGCAUCCUGCAACCACAGGAGCGUUGCAGGAACAGGAAACCAUUCUCCCCGCGUCGAGCCCUAGCCCCACCUAUUUUUAUUCUCUCUCGUGAUUGGUCUGCUGGUCUCAAAUCUUUGCCAUCUGAGAAGCUUAGUAGUGCCAUUCAAACAUUCUUAUCUGACCUGUGCCAUUUAAUGGGCCAGCAAGCAGAACUACAAAAGAAAGAGAGCAAAGAAGAUACAAAGAAUGGAGAAUUAGAGAGCAAAGAAGAUGAGAAAAGUGAAGUAUCUUCAAACUUGUGCUGCAUACAUGCUAGUUUGUCAAAGGUUCUUGAUAGUCUCAAUAAAUUUUCUGAGGCUUCACUGAAAAUGUACGAGGACAUUAGACAGAAAAGCGAAGCAGCUCGAGUGGCGUACUUAAAUUGCAGACCAGUUAGAUAUUAAAUGUUGUGUGAGUAGUUGACUAUAAGCAUUUCCAUGUGUAUAAAGAAUUUCUAAGUUUGUGGUUGGAACUCAGGAUAAACUAGAUACUUGUAAAUGUCAAAAGCAUCGGUUCAAGGAGCUCUGGAAAAGGAGUAGGAUUGUUUUUACAACAGUAAUACUUUAGUUGUGUGCUUCAUAUUGCUGUUUUUGCUAAUCAGAUGCAAUUGCUUGAGUUGGCCGAA